AUGAUGAACAUCAUCGACGAUACGACGUCUCCAAUGGCCCACCCGAUCGACCCAUCUCAUCCUCCUUCCGACCAAACCAAACAAGAACCAAGUUUGUCCGACGAAGCUUCUUCUGUUUCCGAUAAGAAAGAUCAAACUUUGCCUGAAGAGAAACAGAAACGUAACCAAGAAGAAGAGAGAGUGGUCACUACCGGGAGAGAGAGGCUAAAGAAGCACCGGAGAGAGAUCGCCGGUAGGGUUUGGAUACCGGAUAUAUGGGGACAAGAAGAGCUUCUUAAGGAUUGGAUCGAUUGUUCAACGUUUGAUACGUGUCUUGUCCCUGCCGGAAUCUCGUCGGCACGUGCGGCUCUCGUUGAGGAAGCUAGGAGAGCUGCUUCAGCUUCUGGUGGGUUACAUAAUCGUUGCUUGAUCUUACGCUGA